CUUCUCCUCUACCUCCCGAAAGCUUCCCCCCAAAGCCGCUGAAGCUUCCCCCUUGAGAACCGGUAAAGAGCUUGAGUUUUCCCUUUCCUUUCUUGAUGGAGAACAAGAUUUAAACCCAUAAUUUCCUCCCAGCCAUUUGCACGUUAUGCUCUUCUUCUUCCUUGCCCCUGCAACCCGAAAAAGAAGCCAGCCCCCGGUGACAUCUCCCUGAGAAAACCGGCAAAGCUUGGUGAUUUUUCUCUUCCUUCUUGUUCAAGAACAAGCUUUAGGAUUUAGAACCCUCCCUCUGAAGCCAAAAAAUUCAGAUCUGUGGUUGCUUCUUCUUCCUCUGCCGCGGGUUGUUGCUGGGUGGUUUGGGAGUCCGGUUUUGCCCGUGUGUUCCUCCAAAAUUUUCCCCGUCGACUUCCUCACCGGCCAAGCCCAGUUUCUACUGCUAGAAAAUUCUGUAGGUGCUGUGUGGCUUAGAGCUCUGGGGUCGAGUUCCCGGUUUUAUGCGAGUGAGUGUGCUUGCUAGUGGGAGGUUUAGAAAUGCUAGCACAUGUCGACAUGUUAUUGAUAGAAUCGUCCGUGAGUUUCCCCUGCAGAUGCCGUCGGCUUCUUCUCCCUGCCAAGUCCGGUUCUUGCUGGAAAAUUCUGGUAUGAUGGCCACUUCUUUAAGCCCUAAAUUAGCCAUUUAAUUGCUGCCUUGUGUGUGUCCGAAUUGUGCCGGAAAUGGGGAGGAAUUCCGGUAGCAUUAGUAGCAUUUCAAAUGUGUUUUAAGCUUGAUUAAGUAGAAUUUAGCUUGAAUUAGCUGCUGUGAUGUUUUGUGUGAAAAUCUCGUGUGUGUGAAUUGUGAUUUGCCAAAGUUAUGCUCUCCCUGUGCUGCCGUGAGAAAUGGGAAAAUUUUGGUAGAUUAAGUUAUGUUUUCAAGCUUGGUUUAAGUGUAAAUUAGCUUGAAUUGGGUUGUGGUGAUUUUGGAGAAAAAUCCCGUGAAUUAGUUAGUGUUUUGGCCCCCUUUUUUUUGAAAGUUAAGAGUUACUGUUCACGUUGUGGUACUUUUCACCGAACACUGUUCAUGGCACUGUUCAUAGAACACUAUUCACACACCGAGGGCCAACGAUUAACGGGGAUUUAAAUGAUUAGUUUGUGAUAUGAGAACGAUUUUGGAGAUAUUUGAUCAUGUGGAGAUUUAUGGAAAUAACAUUGUGAUUAGGAGUGAUCCUAAUGAUGAUUUCAGUUUGAAUGUGUGAUAGUCCGAUAUUAAUUCUGAGGUGUUUUGAUUAGGUUCCCGAUCGUUCUGUCAGUUUAGUACGUGAAUUGAGUGCUCGAUUUUGCGGAGUGAGGUAAGUAAAUUUAUGGUAAUGCCCGUACUGUUUUAAAAGCAUGUUUUGAUUUGUUUUUGAAGUGGUGGCGGGACUAAACCCGUCUUACACAAGUGUGACUGAUUUGAAGUGAAAUGUUUUAUGCUUUUCAUUAAAUUGAGCCUGCCUACUUGAAAUUUAAGUGACUGUCCUGAUGAUCUGAAAGUGAUUGUGAAUUGUGAUUUUCCUGU